ACUGGGAGGCAGUGGGGCGCCCUGAGCCCCGGGAGCCCUGCCUUUGCCGCCCCUGCCGAGGACCCCUGCUCUCCUGCCCCGCUAGCCGCUCCCCAGGGUUACCACGGAUGAAAGCCGAGGUCCUGUUGGUGGUGGCUAGCGCCGGGGAAUGAAGGUCGGGCGGAGGGAGGCUGCUGGAGUACAGAGCGGAAAGUUGUUACGGGAAAGACGCAGCCCGCCACAGCUUUUAGCUUCAGCCUUCCAAACCUGGACCUCGGGCAUCUUGCCGAGCAAGUGGGAGAGUGCAAAGUCCCAAACCAAGAGAUCUACCGUGGGCACACUGCUGGCCUCCAAGCUGGGAUGGAAAUUCUAUGAUGCCGAUGAUUACCACUCUGAAGAGAAUCGGAUGAAGAUGGGGAGAGGGGUACCGCUGAGUGACCAGGACAGGAUUCCAUGGCUCUGCAGCUUGCAUGACAUAUUAGUAAGAGAUGUGGCCUUGGGACAGCAUGUCAUUCUAGCCUGUUCAGCCCUGAAGAAAAUGUACAGAGACAUCUUGAUACAGGGAAGAAGCGAUGGGCCCCUGAAAAGCGACGGGUCCGCAGAGGAAAGGCUGGCCGGCCAACAGUUCCUGGUGGUCUAUCUCAGCGGCUCGUUUGAGAUCAUUUCCAGACGCCUGUCCCAACGAAAAGGACAUUUUAUGCCGCCCGAGUUACUGCAGUCCCAGUUCAGCAUUCUGGAGCCUCCAUCAGCUCCUGAAAACUUCAUCCAGGUCAGUGUGGACCAAAGUCUCUCGGAGAUCACCAAUGCCGUUCUGGAAGCUCUGCCAGUGAAGUAAUCGUUCCGCACCUGCGGGGUAGGCGCGCUCUAGUUCAAGCUCCUCCUCGCCAGUGUAUUCUAAGUUCCUAAUUGAAAGCAAACUGCGGUACUUGGAGAGCACCGUUUGCCUGUAUGGACAGGAGUCUGUGGUGUGCAGGUGUGCCGCAGGUGUCCUGCAGGUGUGCCAGGAAGAGGGGAAAGGAUGGUAAAAGUUAAGCUUAAACUUAAAUCGUGUAUAAUGGAACCAGAUGGUCAGUGGAAAUUGUGCAAUCAAUGCUAGAAAUCACUCUCGUUUGAAAGAACAAUGCCUUGUGCUUGUGUCUGCACAAAUGGAUGAAAUAUGCUACCCUGGAGGCCCGCUGGAAUUGGUCUCAGCAAUAGAAACCUGAAUCAAAGCAGCCACUCACUGCAGGCAUUUCACACCAUACUGCCGUUGGUUUUCAAACAGGGUGUCACUGUGUAACAGCUCUAGCUGUCCUGGAAUUCACUCUGUAGAGCAUCCUGAAGCUCAGAGAUCUACCUGCUUCUGCCUCCCCAGUGCUGGGAUUAAAGGUGUGCAUUACCAUAACUGGCUUCAUCUUCAUACAUACAUCAUUAUGUCCUAUAAUCUGCCAUUACGCUUUGCUUUAAUUCAUCCCCCUUCACAGCCU